GAGAUUUAAGAUAGCCCUAUCUCUCUGUCUCUGCCAUUUGAUCAUCUCCCAGGCUGUGCUUACAGAGUUCCUAUUUUGAGCAAAGAAAUUAGGGUACUGGUUCUGAGAGCAGCUCUUGGUAUUUGGGAAAGAUGAAUAGCCAGGACCUUGCUAAUUUUAAGGUAGAAGAUUACAACAUUUCCGAGGAAUAUGGAUUCAUACACAAGAAUCCUCUGGACAAGCUUCCCCAAUACUACAAACCUUGGAUGGACAUUGCAGAGAAUUUAACUCUCCUGAUUGAAACAAAAAAGCUACGGAAAGAAGUGAUGCAGAUGCCGCAGCUGGGUUUAGAGCACCUUACAGAUAAACGGGAGAUGGUCCUUGCCCGUGUGUUGCUCAGCCACAUUGUUAUGGGAUAUGUAUGGCAGGACGGUGAGCAAGGGGCAAUUAAGGUGUUACCACAAGCUCUGGCUGUGCCGUAUUACCAGAUAUCAAAAGUCCUUGGUCUGCCGUUAAUUAUGGUUCAUUCUGACUUUGUGUUGGCCAACUGGAAACAGAAAGACCCCCUUGGAACUAUGACUAUAGAGAACCUGUCAACCAUUGUAUCACUCCCAGGAGGUGAGAGCCUGCAAGGAUUUGUUCUGGUUACUCUGCUAGUAGAGGUGGCUGCAAUCCCCGGGGUUAAGGCUGUGAUUCAGGCAGUAAAGGCACUGCUGUGUGAGGACAGACAGACACUUCUGCAGGCCAUGAGGGACAUGGCUCAAUCCAUUGACAAGAUGGGUGAAGCUCUGCAGCUUAUGUAUGAUUAUGUGGAUUCCGAUGUAUAUUACAACAAAAUCCGUAUCUUCCUCUCAGGGUGGAAGGACAACCCAUCCAUGCCAGAUGGUCUGAUCUAUGAGGGAGCAUCUGAUGAUCCACUGUUCUUCUCAGGUGGUAGUGCGGCACAGAGCUCCGUGUUCCAUGUUUAUGAUGAACUGUUUGGAAUCCAUCACCAACCUGAGAGCUCAAAUUUUCUCUUGAAAAUGCGUCAGUACAUGCCUCCUGCGCACAAUAGUUUCAUUGAAUGGGUUAAAGGUGUUCCUAAACUUCCGGAGUACGUACAGCGAUCUGGUGACCUGGACCUUACCUCGGCCUUUAAUCUUUGCGUUACUACUCUUACAGAAGUUCGCUCCCUCCACAUCCGCAUUGUCUCAAAAUAUGUGACCUCUGCAGGAGCCCGAGCUCGGAAGAAAGAACUAACAGCAGGAAGUGGAGGGCAGCACAUGCAAGAGAGGGGAACGGGUGGGUCUCUUGCCAUGGCCUUCUUAAAAAGUGUCAGGGAUACCUGUAAAGAGGGCCUUUUACAAAACAAUACAGCAGCGGACUGCUGACCAGAACCUGCAAGCCUUAAACAGCUCUUAUUAUGCUAAUUAUUUUUAAGAGAUUUCAUUUUAAUGUUAAUUAUUUUUGGCCCAUAUCUAAUAUAUACAAGUGCUGAAGAUAAGUAUACCCCUGUGAGUUUAGUUAUCUUGCCACUAAAGGUAAAGUCCACACACAGUGUUUGUCUGGUUUGAUGGCUGACCAUAUUUACCAUGAAGCUAACAAACCACAACUACAAAACUGCUUCAUAAUCCGGCUUAACUAUCCAACCCAAUGACAAUGUUUAAACAUUUCAAUGUGAUGUAAUAUAAAUUCUUAGUUUAAUUAAGAUGACUCCAUUUUGUUUUGUUACACUAAUCUGCACAUAGCGUGUUAUUAAAGUUAUAAGGUAUAAAGUUAGUUUAUUUGCCCACCUUUUUAAUCAUAGUAGUUGUUUGUUUCACUAUGCUGUAAUGUUAAAAAUAUGUUUUAUAAUUGAUUAAAAGUGUUGCUUCAACC